AUGUCUUUCCCUCAAGAACCAGAAUUUCAACAGGCCUACGAAGAAGUCGUCUCUUCCUUGCAAGACUCGACUUUGUUCGAAAAAGAACCUAAAUACAAGAAGGUAUUGCCAGUGGUGUCAGUUCCUGAAAGAAUCAUCCAAUUCAGAGUGGCCUGGGAAAAUGACAGCGGCGAACAGGAAGUCGCUACCGGUUACAGAGUGCAGUACAACUCUGCCAAGGGUCCAUACAAAGGUGGUCUACGUUUCCACCCUACUGUGAACUUGUCGAUCCUGAAAUUUUUGGGUUUCGAACAGAUCUUCAAAAACGCCUUGACUGGCCAGGCCCUAGGUGGUGGUAAAGGUGGUCUGUGUGUUGACUUGAAGGGCAGAUCCAACAACGAAAUCAGAAGAAUUUGCUACUCGUUCAUGAGAGAGCUAAGCAGACACAUCGGACAAGACACCGACGUCCCAGCCGGUGACAUCGGUGUGGGUGGUCGUGAGGUCGGCUACUUGUUCGGUGCCUACAAGUCCUACAAGAACUCUUGGGAAGGUGUCUUGACCGGUAAAGGUCUAAACUGGGGUGGUUCUUUGAUCAGACCUGAAGCCACCGGUUACGGUUUGGUGUACUACACCCAGGCCAUGAUCGACUUUGCCACCAGAGGCAAGGAGUCUUUCGCUGGUAAGCGUGUUGCUAUCUCCGGGUCUGGUAACGUGGCCCAGUACGCUGCUUUGAAGGUCAUCGAGCUUGGCGGUACCGUCUUGUCGCUAUCUGACUCCAAGGGUGCCAUUGUCACCGAAUCCGGUAUCACUGCUGAGCAGAUUGAUGCCAUCAUCGGUGCCAAGGUCCAGUUCAAGACCUUGGAACAAAUCAUCGGUGAAUACUCCGCUUUCUCUUCCAGCCAGGUGAAAUACAUCGCUGGUGCUCGUCCAUGGACUCACGUCGGCAAGGUCGACGUUGCUUUGCCAUGUGCCACUCAGAACGAAGUUUCCGGCGACGAAGCUAAGGCCUUGGUUGCUGCUGGUGUUAAGUUUGUUGCUGAAGGGUCCAACAUGGGUUGCACAGCUGAAGCUGCUCACAUUUUCGAAGGUGAACGUGCUGCCAGCACUUCUUCUCCUGCCGUCUGGUACGCUCCAGGUAAGGCCUCCAACAUGGGUGGUGUCGCCGUUUCCGGUCUUGAAAUGGCCCAGAACUCUCAAAGAAUGUCCUGGACUAGAGAACAAGUUGACCAAGAACUUAAGAAGAUUAUGGUCAACUGUUUCAACGACUGUUUGGAGACUGCCCGUGAGUACACAAAUGAGAGCAACACUGAAGCUCUGCCAUCCUUGAUCAAGGGUGCUAACUUGGUGGGUUUCAUUAGAGUCGCUGACGCUAUGUUCGACCAAGGUGAUGUCUUCUAA